CUGUUAUUAAAUUUUGUAAAUAAGUGAUUUUUCUCCUUCACUGAUGUGCACUAAUGAGGCUGCAGUGAUGGGCACUGAUAGGCUUCACUGGUGGGCACUGAUAGGCGGCACUGAUGAGGAGGCACUGGUAGGUGGCACUGAUGGGCAGUGACAGAUAUCACUGAUGGGCACUGAAAGGCAGCACUCAUAGGUGGCAUUGAUGGGCACUGACAGG